UGUUGGCCGCAUAGGCGGUGGGCAGCGAGCCGGCAUGAGCGCGUCCCUGAGCCGGGCGGCGGCGGCUCUGCUGCGCUGGGGUCGCGGCGCGGGCGGCGGUGUCGGCCUGCCAGGGGCCGGCGCGCGGGCGGCGAGCUCGGGCGGUCAGGCAAAGCAGCUGGACGCGCUGGUGAAGAAGGACAAAGUGGUGGUGUUCCUCAAGGGGACGCCGGAGCAGCCCCAGUGCGGCUUCAGCAACGCCGUGGUGCAGAUCCUGCGGCUGCACGGUGUCCGCGACUACGCGGCCUACAACGUGCUGGACGACCCGGAGCUGCGGCAAGGUAUUAAGGACUAUUCCAACUGGCCGACCAUCCCGCAGGUGUACCUCAAUGGCGAGUUUGUGGGGGGCUGUGACAUCCUUCUGCAGAUGCACCAGAAUGGGGACCUGGUGGAGGAACUUAAAAAGCUGGGGAUCCGCUCUGCCCUUUUAGACGAGAAGGACCAAGACUCAAAGUGAGGGCUCCGGGUCCUUGCUGAGCAGAGCGCCCACCUUCAGUUGCCGCCAGAAAAGCCUUACUACGUGGUGUCUGUUGCUGUGGUGCUUGCGAUGGGCCUCCUGGCUUGCAAGCAGGCAGGUGCUUUUUCUUUGGUCUUUGGCUCAGAAUAUCCUACGGUGAAUUUAUAACGACUGCACUGUAAAUUGGCAUUGUAAUCCGGUAUUGCUGUAACCCAAAUCUGUUCUUACGUUGUCUUUUAUUCUCUGCUGGGUUCAGGAGUCAUUCCUGACUCGUAUGUGGGUUGGGUUGUAAAGAUGGCAACUGCCCUGAUGUUUUUGUAACUUCUCCUAUAAGGGAAAUGAUGGACAGAAAAGAAAAGGAGAUGUCUGGAGUGUUGUUGUUUUUUAAAUAAAUUGCCAACACAGA